AUGCAAGGAAAGCUCGACGGAAAGGUGGCUGUCGUCACAGGGGCGUCGUCAGGAAUGGGACGCGCCAUUGCAAUAGCCCUCGCUGGCGAGGGUGCCAAGAUUGCUCUGUGUGACCUGCAAGAAAAGGCCAAUGCCCAAGGCUACGAAGCAGACGUGGACAAGACCACAGGCGACAUCAUUGCGGCCCAAGGCGGCGACUCUAUCUUUUUACAGACGGAUAUUGCGAGCUCGACGGCCGUGCAGGAGACCUUCAGCCGAGCCCUUGAGAGGUUUGGGAGGAUCGACAUACUUAUCAACUGCGCAGGCUACUGGGCACCGUUCUGCUCAUUUGCGGACGAGUCGGAGGAGCUCUGGGCCAAGAUGGCGGCGGUCAAUACGCUCGGCACAGCCAGGAUGAGCCGCAGCGCCAUCAGACAGUUCCUGAAGCAAGAGCUUGACGAGAAAUGGGGCAGCCGGGGACGCAUCGUCAACAUCUCAUCGUGUGCCUCGGUGACUGGCUUCCCCGGCGAGGUGGCAUACUCUGCCACCAAGGCCUCGGUCGACCACAUGACACGGGCUGGAGCACUAGAUCACGCCAAGGACAGCAUCAACAUAAACUGCGUCGCGCCAGGUGUUGUUGCCACGGGCAUGGCGCGCGGGAAUCUCGAGAAUAGCUCCAUUCAUCAGACCAUGGUCAAGGCAACUCCCUGGCCCCGUCUCGGGACGGUGGAUGACAUCGCGGCGGCUGUUCUCUUUCUUUGUUUGCCUCAGUCGCAGUGGAUUACUGGACAGGUUCUUCCUGUAGAUGGUGGCAUGACCAUUGGUGUCUCACCGUGA